AAGGAACCUAGGAAGAAGUACCAGUUGGAGGAACAGAGGAAAAUGGAGAGAAGGAAGCCCAAAGCAGUGUUCAUGGCCUUCGGUACCAAAGGCGAUGUCUACCCUCUUGCCGCCAUUGCUACAGCUUUUGCGUGUGACCAGAAUCAAUAUGAUGUAAUGUUAAUAACUCAUUCGGCACACGAGAGCUUAAGUAUUCACUUGGCUCAGAAGCAUGUUCAAUUUUGGCCAGUUUCAUCGCUUCCAGUUCUUUCUGCUGAUCAGACUGACUCUGAAGAGUCGUCUUUUUUCUUGCAGAAAAAGAAAGCUACAAGAGAUCAUAGGCAAGAAUGUUAUUCAUUAAUUGAAAGGAUAUUUGGAGAUGGCCCAACCUUGGACGGUGAUCUUAUUAUGAUAAAUUUUUUUGCUUUGGAAGGAUGGAGCCUUGCAGAAAGCUUUUGUGUCCGUUGCAUUGUGGCUGCUCCUUAUGUUGUUCCAUACAGUGCACCUUCAACAUUUGAAAGACAAUUCCAAUUAGAACUUCCUCUUUUGUAUCGAUACCUCAUUGAUGCUCCUUCUGGUAAGGUCUGUUGGAAGGACGUGAUUCAUUGGAUGUGGCCUCUUUUCACAGAAAAUUGGGGAUCAUGGAGAAAUGAUGUCUUGCAUCUUAGUCCAUGUCCUUUUACUGAUCCUGUGACAGGCAUACCUACUUGGCAUGAUAGACCGCAAUCUCCUCUUGUGAUACAUAUGCUUUACUCUUGGAUGCUUUUGGCGAAAUUUGAUUUUCCUAGGAGUGUGAUUUCUCUACUAAACUUGUCUUUAGAUUCUAUGUUUAAUCACCUGAUUAAAUUCAGUGUAUUGACAGCAUAUUGGCCUCCAAAGGUUCUGGUUUGUGGGUUCUGGUUCCUCCCUAUUGAAUGGCAGUUUACGUGUAAGAAAUGCAGAGAUAUUUCCUUACAUGAUUCAUCAGGGCAUCAAUAUGCUAAAGAUGACUUGUGUGCCAGUCAUUUAGAAUUGCAAAACUUUAUAAAGGCUGCACCAAUUUUUAUUGGACUCAGUUCUAUUGGAAGCAUGGGUUUCUUAAAAGACCCAUAUGCAUUUAUAUGCAUUCUUCAGACUGUCCUGAGCACCACAAAUUACAGAUUUAUUCUAUUUACAGCUGGAUAUGAACCCUUAGAAUCAAUUGUUCGUAGAAUUUCUACCGAAGCAUCAUUUGAGCUGAAAAAUUGCAGGGACGACUGUGUUCCUCUUUGUAAUGGGCGACUCUUGUGUUUUUUUGGUUCCGUACCAUACCGUUGGCUUUUCCCAAAGUGUGCUGCUGUAAUUCACCACGGAGGCAGUGGAACUACUGCUGCUGCAUUACGGGCAGGCACACCACAGGUAGUAUGCCCUUUCAUGCUAGAUCAGUUUUAUUGGGCGGAGAGAAUGCAUUGGCUUGGCGUUUCGCCUGAACCACUCAGCAGAAAUCAUUUGCUUCCUGAUAAAAAUGAUGACACAAGUAUCCAUGAAGCUGCACGUCUACUAUCAAUGGCAAUCCAUGAUGCAUUAUCACCAACAGUCAAAGCACGGGCUGCAGAAGUCGCUCAAAGAAUAUUGCUUGAGGACGGCGUAGCAGAGGCAAUUAAGCACAUGAAGGAAGAGCUGGGUUUGAAUUGAGAUAUUGAGUGCGACUGAAAUGUUCCAAGAUUCACCCUCUUCAUGAGUAAUUCAAAUUCAUGGUAUUUUGUCACCAAUUCAUCUUAGGAUUUGUCAGAGCAUUGAAUAUGUUGAACUUUAUGAUGAGAAGCCUACUUAUUGGUAGAUAAUAGUUUAUUAAAUGCACAACUAAGUUAUUUAUCUGAAUGCAUCAUUUCUCUUCCGUGAUAGUUAGUCUAAAGAUGGAAAAGAUAAUGGUUCACCUUUCAUGAUAAGUAGAAUAUUUAAAGAUAAAUAUAUCUUUUAUGAAUAUGGUAUAUGGUAUGAAGUAGAAAGGUAAAUGCAUUUUAUAUAUCAAAAAAAUAAUAUUACUGAAUAAGAAGGGUUAGCAGAAAUGCAUUUUAUACUUUAUGUGCUUUUGGUGUUCUCUGUUGAAAAUGAAACUCCAUUUUCAAUAACCCACGAAAUAAAAUUCC